AUGGAAGUUUCGAGCACUGGAAGCGGCAUUAGCCGUGCGGUUUCGGUUGAGGAGUUUGACGUUGCAGUCGAUAAAGGUGAGGUCAUCAAGAGGGCUUCUGAAGAUCCCGAGUUUUUGAAGAAGGUUGAGACGCUUUCGAAAACGUUGUCUCGCCGUUCGACUACUCUUUCAGAAUGGGACGAAGUCGAUGGGGAUUUCGACAUGUACAGAGAAAUUCGGGGAAUCCUGCAAGCCUCGAGGGAUGAAGGAAUUCAUUUGAGAAAGUCAGGUAUAACCGCGCGUGGUGUGAAAGUGAAAGGUGUGGAUGCUCAAUUUUUGGAAGGGUCGACUUAUGGUGACAUGAUGAUGUUACCUGUCACCAUUUACAAAGGUAUUCGCAAAGCAAGACAAACAACUCUUAGAGACAUUAUCAGUAACAUUAACAUACUUGUGAAACCCGGUGAGAUGCUACUCGUGUUGGGUAGACCAGGAUCUGGGUGUUCCACGCUCUUGAAGACUAUGGCUGGUGAAUUGACUCACUUCAAAGGUGUUGAGGGAAGCAUUUCAUACGAUGGUGUCCCACUCAAAGAUAUGCUAAAGUAUUUCAAGGCAGACGUUAUCUACAACGGUGAAAUGGAUGUGCAUUUCCCUCAUUUGACAGUCCAACAAACUUUGGAUUUCGCUGUUGCUUGUAAGACACCAAGCAAAAGAAUAAAAAACUUCACCAGGAAACAGUAUGUCGAGUUCAUUAGAGACUUGUAUGCUACCAUUUUUGGUUUAAAGCACACCUAUAACUCUAAGGUGGGUAAUGAUUUUGUGAGAGGUGUGUCUGGUGGUGAACGUAAGCGUGUCUCGAUUGCAGAAGCAUUGGCUGCCCGUGGUUCAAUCUACUGUUGGGAUAAUGCCACUCGUGGUUUGGAUGCAUCUACUGCCCUUGAAUACACCGAAGCCAUCAGAUGUAUGACCAGUUUAUUACAAUCGACUGCGUUGAUCACCAUCUACCAGGCUAGUGAAAACAUUUACGAAACGUUUGAUAAAGUCACUGUCCUAUAUGAUGGUAAGCAAAUAUACUUUGGUCGUAUAGAAGAUGCAAAGGCUUAUUUCGAGAAAAUUGGGUUCGUUUGCCCUGCAAGACAAGCAACCGCGGAAUUUUUGACAUCGUUAACGGAUCCAAACGGUUUCCAUCAUGUCAAACCUGGUUAUGAAGGUAAGGUUCCAAGGACCAGAGAAGAUUUUGUCAGAGUAUGGGAAGAAUCUGAAGAAUAUCAGCAACUACUGCAAAGCAUCGAACACUAUGAAACAAACGAAGUUGAUGGUGCUCAAACUUUGCAAUUGUACAAAGAAUCCAUGGCCGCUGAAAAGGACAAAGCAUCCAGAAAGCGUUCUAAGUAUACCAUUUCUUACUGGGCUCAAAUUGUACUUUGUACUAAGAGAGGUUUCCAAAGAAUUUAUGGUGAUAAAGCAUUUACAAUUACAAACACUGUGGCGGCAAUCAUUCAAGCAUUUAUCACUGGUUCCUUAUAUUAUAAUACCCCAAGUGGAACCUCUGGUGCUUUCUCCCGUGGUGGUAUUUUGUAUUUUGCUAUCCUUUACUUUUCGUUGAUGGGUUUGGCUAAUAUCAGUUUAGCCAACAGACCUAUUUUACAAAAGCACAUUGCAUACUCUUUAUACCAUCCUUCUGCUGAAGCCUUUGCUUCAACGGUCUCUAGCGCAUUUUUCAGAAUGAUUUCUUUGACAUUUUUCCUCAUUAUCUUAUACUUCUUAUCAGGUUUGACUAGAGAAGCUAACAGGUUCUUCAUGUGUUACUUAUUCUUGGCUCUUGCCUCAGAAGCCAUUAAUGCUCUCUUUGAGAUGAUCACUGCUGCGUGUGAUUCUUUGUCUCAAGCCAAUGCUAUCGCAGGUUUGGUUAUGAUGGCAUUGUCUUUGUAUUCCACAUAUAUCAUCCAAACACCAUCCAUGCAUCCUUGGUUUAAGUGGAUUUCUUAUAUCUUACCAUUAAGAUUUGCGUUCGAAAACAUGUUGGAGGCAGAAUUCUACGCUAGAAAGAUGGAUUGUGGUGGAACUCUAGUCCCUACUGGUCCUGCAUAUGCCAAUGUUAGUAGUGAUUACAAGGUUUGUGCUUUCAUUGGUUCUCAAAAGGGCCAAUCAUAUGUUUUAGGUAACAAUUACUUGAAGCUUCAAUAUGGUUACACAUAUUCUCAUGUUUGGAGGAACUUUGGUAUUUUGAUUGCUUUCUUGGUUGGCUUCUUCGCUAUCAAAUGUUUUAUUACAGAAUUUAAGACACCCAUCAAAAGUAAUGGUGACGCUUUGAUUUUCAAGAAGGGGACCGGUUUGAAGAAAACCCUUAGAGACAGUGAGUCUAACAUUGAUCCUUCUGAAUCUACUAAUCAAACCGCUGACAGCUUUGCAAAAUCAGAUGACCCAGCUCUAUUUGCAGACUUGAGAAGUGAAGGUGUUUUCUUCUGGAAAGAGAUAUGUUACACUAUUCCUUACAAAGGUGGAGAGCGUCUACUAUUGGAUCACGUUUCAGGUUAUGUCAAGCCAGGUACAUUAACAGCCUUAAUGGGUGAAUCUGGUGCAGGUAAGACAACAUUGUUAAACACUCUUGCUCAGAGAACAGACAUUGGUGUUGUCACUGGUGACAUGCUCGUAAAUGGAAAACCAAUUGAUGCCUCGUUUGAAAGAAGAACAGGAUAUGUCCAACAACAGGAUGUUCAUAUUAAAGAAAUGACAGUCAGAGAGUCGUUACAAUUCUCUGCCAGGACCAGAAGACCCUUAAGUGUUUCCGAUGAAGAAAAACUAGACUAUGUCGAAAAAGUCAUUCAAAUCUUGGAUAUGGAGCCUUAUAGUGAAGCCUUGGUGGGUGACAUUGGUUAUGGUUUAAAUGUCGAACAAAGAAAGAAACUCUCUAUCGCUGUUGAAUUGGUUGCCAAACCUAAUUUGCUUUUGUUUUUGGAUGAACCUACCUCUGGUCUUGAUUCACAGUCUGCCUGGUCUAUUGUUCAAUUGUUGAAGAAGUUAGCCAUGGCAGGCCAAUCGAUUUUGUGUACAAUUCAUCAACCUUCCGCAACUUUGUUUGAAGAAUUUGAUAGGCUAUUGCUAUUGCGUAAAGGUGGUCAAACUGUGUACUUCGGUGAUAUUGGCGAACAUUCUUCGACCCUAUUGGGAUACUUCGAAAGGAAUGGUGCCCGUAAGUGUACAGAGAAGGAAAACCCUGCAGAAUACAUUUUGGAAGCAAUUGGUGCCGGUGCUACCGCAUCUGUGAAAGAAAACUGGCAUGAUAAAUGGGUCAACUCUCCUGAAUUUACGCAAGUCAACAAGGAGAUUGAUGAGUUGAUUGAAAAGCUAUCAAACCAACCUGUGGACGAAUCUGCAUCUUCUGCUUUGGUCAGUAAGUAUGCUACCCCUUAUAGAUACCAAUUCGUCCAGGUGUUAAAGCGUACUAUGACAAUGUUCUGGAGAGAUGUGGAUUAUCUAAUGGCCAAGUCAAUGUUGUACAUCAGUAGUGGUUUGUUUAUUGGUUUCACCUUUUAUAACGUUGGGACUUCUUAUGUCGGGUUGCAAAAUGCGAUGUUUGCAGCAUUCAUGGCAUGUAUCGUUUCCGCACCAGCCAUGAAUCAAAUCCAGUCCCGUGCACUACAAUCAAGAGAAUUGUACGAAGUUAGAGAAUCCAGAUCCAAUAUGUUCCACUGGAGUUGUCUCUUGAUAACACAAUACAUCACAGAGUUGCCAUACCAAUUAUGGUGUAGCACUCUAUUCUUUGUUUCCUUCUAUUUCCCAUUGAGAGCUGAAUACACCAGUGUGAAGGCAGGAUUAUUCUUUUUGAACUACUGUGUAAUGUUCCAACUGUACUGUGUCGGUUUCGGUUUGGCGGUGUUGUAUAUGUCCCCCGAUCUUCCAAGUUCCAGUGUCAUUAUGGGUUUGCUCUUAUCAUUUAUGAUUUCCUUCUGUGGUGUUGUGCAACCCGUUAACCUAAUGCCUGGAUUUUGGACCUUCAUGUGGAAAGUUUCUCCAUACACAUAUUUUAUUCAGAAUCUUGUCUCGUUCAUGUUGCACAAUAAGGAAGUGAAGUGUACCAAGAAAGAGCUAUCUUACUUCGAACCACCAUCAGGUGAGACUUGUGGCUCGUACAUGAAAUCUUACUUAUCUAGUGGAUUCGGAUACGUCCAAAAUCCGGACGCCAACACAAACUGUGCAUACUGUAGAUACAAGGUUGGUGACGAAUAUCUUUCGUUUAUUUCUGCAUCCUACAACAACAUAUGGAGAAACUUUGGUUUCCUCUGGGUAUACAUUUGUUUCAACAUCUUCGCGAUGGUCGCUUUGUACUACAUCUUCAGUGUGAAGCGCAUAAGCCCAAGAUCGUUGGUUGAGAGAACUCUUGCUAGAUUCAAAAAGAACAAGACAUAA